AUGAGUGUUCCCCGGGCCGUUUUCCCGAACGGUGAGGGGCGACUAGCGGAGCAUGGCUGGCCGGAGAGCUCUACUUCCUCCUCCUCUUCCUCCUCCGCCGCCGCCGGGAACUCUCGCGCGCACUCGGCGCCGGCGCGCACGCGCUCGCUGUGGACUGCGGCGUAUGACUACGAGGCGAGCGGCGAGGACGAGCUCAGCCUGCGGCGCGGUGACGUGGUCGAGGUGCUGUCCAAAGACGCGGCCGUGUCGGGCGAUGAAGGCUGGUGGACCGGCAAGCUCAACCACCGCGUGGGCAUUUUCCCGUCCAACUACGUCACCUACCAACCGGCUGUUGUGUCCUCGCCGUCAGCAUCGCGAGAUCCCUUGAACAUCCCGUUCAGCGCGCUCGUGCUCCAGGAGAUCAUCGGCGUCGGCGGCUUCGGUAAAGUGUACCGCGGCACAUGGCGCGAGCAGGAGGUGGCCGUGAAGGCGGCGCGCCAGGACCCGGACGAGGACAUCACCGCCACCGCGGAGAGCGUCAAGCAGGAGGCCAAGCUCUUCGCCAUGCUGCGCCACCCCAACAUCAUCCGGCUCGAGGGGGUGUGCCUGGAGGAGCCCAACCUGUGCCUGGUGAUGGAGUACGCGCAAGGAGGCACGCUGAACCGCGCGCUCACCGGCAGACGCAUCCCGCCGCACAUCCUGGUCAAUUGGGCUGUGCAGAUCGCCACGGGCAUGCAGUACCUGCACGAGGAGGCCGCCGUUCCCAUCAUCCACCGCGAUCUGAAGUCCAGCAACAUUUUAUUACUUGAAAGAAUUGAGAACAACGACAUUGGUAGGAAGACACUGAAGAUCACUGACUUUGGCUUAGCUAGAGAGUGGCACAAGACUACUAAAAUGAGUGCUGCUGGCACGUACUCGUGGAUGGCUCCUGAGGUCAUCAAAUCCUCCCUCUUCUCCAAAGGCAGUGAUGUAUGGAGUUAUGGGGUGCUUCUCUGGGAGCUGCUGACUGGGGAGGUACCUUACCGUGGUAUUGAUGGCUUGGCAGUUGCCUAUGGAGUGGCUGUCAACAAGUUAACCCUCCCCAUUCCAUCCACUUGCCCCGAGCCUUUUGCCAAGCUCAUGGAAGAAUGCUGGGAGCAGGACCCCCACAUCCGACCGAUGUUCGCCACCAUCCUGGAGCAGCUGACUGCCAUAGAGGAGGCCGUGAUGGCCACCAUGCCGCAAGACUCCUUCCACUCCAUGCAGGAGGACUGGAGGGUGGAGAUCCAGGAGAUGUUUGAUGAACUGCGAACAAAAGAGAAGGAGCUACGCUCUCGUGAGGAGGAGCUGAUGCGGGCGGCACUGCAGCAGAAAUCGCAUGAGGAGCUACUGAAGAGGAGGGAGCAACAGCUGGCUGAGCGAGAGAUCAAUGUGCUGGAGCGUGAGCUUAACAUCCUCAUCUUCCAGCUGAACAAGGACAAGCCCAACGUCAAGAAGAGGAAGGGCAAGUUUAAGCGCAGUCGCCUCAAGCUGAAGGAUGGCAAUCGCAUCAGCUUGCCCUCAGAUUUUCAGCAUAAGAUCACAGUGCAGGCUUCACCAUCGAUGGAGAAGAGGAGGAGCCUGAACAGCACCAGUUCCAGUCCUCCCAGCAGCCCCACUCUCAUCCCCCGCCUCCGGGCCAUCCAGCUGAGCUGUUCCAGUGACUCUACACAAAGGAACAGUAUAUAUGUUUAUCACCAGGAUGUGGAUAUCACGAACGAGUGUAAACCUCAUACAGGGAGGAAAGUAACUCUGGACGAGAGCAACAGGACGUGGGGCAGGAGCACCAUCUAUAAGCCUGAGGAGUUUGAGGAUGCGAAGAAGGGCAUAAAGAAGAAGGUUCGCACAUGGGGUCCGAGCUCCAUUCAGACCAAGGAGAGAGGAAACAGUGCUGAAAGGGUUCGGCCGCUCUCAGAUGGAAACAAUCCUUGGUCUACUUCUCUGCUGAAAUCCCAGAAAUCUGUUCCACUCGCUGCAUUAUUUGCCGAGCAGGGCACGGCUAAAGAUGAAACAAGCUCUUUUGACAGUUCAGACAGCAAACCAAAGCAACUCAAGUUCCCCAAUCAGGUCUAUAUUGAUCUACCUCUGUGGAAGGACGAGCAGAGUGAGGGGCCUGGGGUCGGGAUAGGGGGUGGAGCCGAGAGCCAGGAGGAGCCAGCCACAUCCACCAGCUCAACAAGCACAACGCCGCAGCACACACCCACCAACAGUCUGAAGCGUGCAGGUGGGCGGCGGCGCACGGACACAGUGCUGUACAGCUGUGCCUCGCUCCUAGCGGCUGUGGCUCUGGGCCUGGACCUGCGUGAUGCCCACAAGGCCACACCCACGGAUGAGGUGGAGCCUCGAGAAGACCGGAAGAAGCGGGAAGGCCUGUUUCAGCGUGCCACUCGUUUCCGGCGCAGUUCUAGCCCACGCAGGGAUGACAACCUGCUGGCCAUGUCCUCAAUCUCAGAGUGUAACUCCACCAAGUGUCUCCUCCACUCGGACUCUGAAGGUCCCGAGCACAGCUCUGUAACUGAAGUACCACUCAAUGGCUCUGGAUUCUACAAUAUCAGCCAGAGUGGCAGAAAUGUGGGCAGAACUAAUAAUCUCUGCCCUCCGUUAUUACCAGAGCAUGGCACCACCUCUGUGUCCCGGCUCAGGAGAAAGAAAUCUAGUCCUGCUGUCUGUCAGAAUGCAGCUGGCACCAACUGUUCCAUGUCUAGCGCUGCUGCUGAAGUCCCUGUAGUCUCUUCCUCCCAGAAAAAGAAACCUGACCGAGAGACUGCUUCAGACUCGGUCUCCAAGCCCAGGCCGUUGUCUCUGAGAGCCAAACCUCACUGCUGGGGUCUUCUGAGGAGCAGAAACAAGAGCUACUCUCUAGGUCACUGCUCCGGAGAGAAGAGCGCACAGGGCCUGGGCAUCGUGCUGUCCUCCGAGGUCAAAAUGGACUGCUCUCUCUUAGACGUGGACACUGAGGGACAGAAACGUGACUGCACCGUUCCCCUUUGCCGAAUCCAGAGCACACCAAGUCGCCCGUCUGUCUUUGAACUGGAAAAGGAGUUCUUUUCCUGAAAUGCCUCUCCUCUCUUCCUAGAGCACAACCCUAUCUGACUUCAAUCCAGUUGUAGUUCUAUGACAAAAGAUUCUUCUGUGUUCAGGACUCGCAAAACAUUGUGGCAUUUGUGCCCAAUUUUAAACUAUUGCUGCUGGAGUUGUCAUGUUGUACUUUUUUUUCUUUCUUUUUUUUAAUUUAUAUUCAGUUUAUUUUGAUAAGUAAUUUAAUAUGAAAGGACAUGAGCAAAAUGAUCAGCAUUCCGUUUUACUGAAGAAUGGCCAGUGUGUAGCCGAUUGUGUCUUUACACUACCACUUCUGCACAUUCCAUAUAUAUAUAUAUAUAUAUAUAUA